UCUCCCCUUCUUCCUCCCAAAAUUGAAAAAAAACUGAAAAAAAAAAUGGCAAAAAAAACUGAAACUAUGGCCAUGAAACCAGAAGAUUACUUCCACAGUCCAAUCCAUUACGCAAUUGCAAUUUCUGAUCACAAAACCCUCAACAAACUACUCUCCACUCUCCCCAAACUUAACGAUCCAUCAAAAAUCCACACAGAAUCAGAUUCAAUCUCCCAAGAAAAAACCGCUGAUGAGAUCUCAUCAUUCCUCGACCGCCGAGAUGUUCCGCACAGAGAAACACCGCUCCAUCUCGCCGUCCGUCUCAACGACACAGUUUCCGUCAAAUCACUCGCUUCCGCCGGAUCUGACGUUUCAUUACAAAACGCUUCCGGCUGGAAUCCGUUACAAGAAGCUGUCUGUUCUAGUCACCGGAAUUCUGAAAUUGCAUUGAUUCUUCUCCGUCUUCAUCACCGCGCUGCUUGGUCUAAAUGGAGGAGGAGAUUGCCUCGUCUUGUUGCUGUUCUGAGACGGAUGAGGGAUUUUUAUAUGGAGAUUUCUUUUCAUUUUGAGAGCUCGAUUGUUCCGUUUGUUGGUAAAAUUGCUCCUUCUGAUACUUACAGAAUCUGGAAACGUGAUGGUAAUCUCCGUGCUGAUACUUCUCUUGCUGGAUUUGAUGGAUACAAGAUUCAGAGAACAGAUCAGAGUUUUUUAUUCUUAGGUGAUGGAGACUCAGAACACAAUAUUCAAGCCGGUUCGUUACUAGUACUGAACCGCGAUGAACAUAAGAUUUUUGAUGCGUUCGAAAAUGCCGAUUCGCCGCUUUCUGAAUCUGAUAUCAAUGGAUUCUGGGAGCAAACGUCUGUUUACAGACCUGGAAUGGAUGUUACGCAAGCUCAAUUAGUCCCCAGAAUGAAUUGGAGAAGACAGGAAAAAACUGAAAAUGUUGGGGAAUGGAAAUCUAAAGCUUAUGAAAUCCAUAAUGUUGUUUUCAGUUUCAGAUCAAGAAAAGUUUCUAAUCACCAUCACCAUCACCGAGAAAAUUCAGAAGAAAAUCAACAUGAAAAUGAAAAAUUAGUAGCAGUAGCAGAAGAAGAUGAUAUUAUCCUGCCGUUAGAACUCGACGAAGAUUCGGACGGAUUCUUAGUCGCCGAAAAUCCAAGGCUAUCAACCUCCACUUCAUUUUCAUCAUCAUCAUCAGAUCGGAGAAGACACAGUAGUUUUGUUCGUCAAGAUAGAGAAUGGAUUACAGUCGGCGCCGGCAGGAAGAGUGUCGACACCAGCGCGAUGGAGCGUAAAAGACCUCCGGCGGCGGCGCAACCAGUACAAAUGCCGUUACCGAGUAGAGAACGCGAAUAUGUGAAGAGCUUGCGCCCUUCGGUGUGGUUAACGGAACAGUUCCCAUUAAAAACGGAGGAGAUAUUACCGUUACUAGACAUUUUGGCGAGUAAAGUUAAAGCGGUCCGACGGCUGAGAGAACUACUUACGACCAAAUUUCCGCAUGGGACAUUUCCUGUAAAGGUUGCUAUUCCGGUGGUGCCGACGGUGAGAGUGAUAGUAACAUUUACGAAGUUUGUGAAUUUACAGCCGGUGGAACAGUUCUAUACUCCGGUUACUAGUCCGAGGCAUCUAUGUGCUAAUGGAGACUACCAGCAGCAGCAACAAGAAGAGAAGAAAAGACAACAAAAGGAGAAGCAUAACAACAAUUCAUCAUCAAGUUCAUGGUUGAGGAGAAGUAAUAGUACAUUGGCAAGCAGCAAACAAGAUCAAAGUUGUUCAUCAACUGCUGCUGCUGCGCAAUAUCAAGCUGAUGAGGAUCCGUUUGCCAUUCCGUGUAAUUAUACCUGGUCGAGAAAUGAUGAUACGGCCAAUAAUAAGGAUCAGAAGUUGAAGAAAUCCAAGUCAAUUAGGAAAUCGAAGUAAAAAAAAAAUACUAGUUAGACAUAGAGGCACAUUUUUUUUUGUAAUGAAAGACAAAAUGCGAGGAAGAAAAGCUAUGUGGUACCAAGACUUGGCCUUGGUGCCCUCUCCAUACUGAUGCAAGUGCUCUGAAGUCUGGGCCUUAGAACCAAUGUAAUUGCAAUUUUGCGUAAUGAUUUAGAAAUG